GUGGCUAUAUGCGUAAUAAGAGAGUAAUAGGACUCGGAGACUGCCGUUGUACUCCUUAUCGAAUCGAUGAGCUAGCCAACUAGCCGGUCAGCAACCGCCUCAUUGGAAUGAGUUCACGUGUGAUGUGCCACUUCUUCUAUCGGUCAUUCCCUCAUACAACCAUUGGCAGCGGUUCUAUGCGUAGAUAAGGCCAAAUACAGAGACAGUGUCGCGCGAUUGCCUCUUCUCCGUCUGUCCAGAUCUCUCGCAUCACCAUGAUUGCGCAUCAGGAUGACGAGGAGACACCUCUUCUGCAACGACCAACGACCAGGACACCUCUUCCCUGGGAUCAAUUCUGGGUUAUAUUGUUCUUGCAGCUGUCAGAACCUCUUUCUUCUAAGACCCUUUCCCCGUUUGUUCCUCAACUCAUUAAAGACAUUGGAGUGACUCACGGAGACGAAUCCCAGGUUGGUCACUAUGUCGGCAUCCUUGAAUCAUCAUACUAUGCAGCUCAUAUGCUGACUAUUUUUCAUUGGACCCAACUGUCUGACCACAUUGGGCGGAAGCCUGUAAUAUUGAUAGCUCUAUUAGCAAUUUCCGUUUCGAUGCUUUCGUUUGGGCUGUCGAAGACCUUCCUUGGUCUGGUGGUUAGUCGUGCUGUCAGCGGAGCAUUUGAUGGGAGCAAUACUGUCAUCAAGAGCAUGGUGAUGGAUAUCACUGACAUAACCAAUAUGCCCAAGGCCUACGGUUAUAUACCGAUUCCAUGGAUGAUCGGAAAAACAGCUGGACCACUCAUUGGGGGAUCGCUCUCCCGACCAGCAGACAGAUUCCCUGAUAUCUUUGGGCAAUCAGAACUCCUCAAAUUCUACCCAUAUCUCCUGCCGUGUUCUAUUUCGACAAUUUUUGCAUCGAUAUCUUGGCUAGUCGCGUAUUUCUGUCUUAAAGAGAGCGUUUCUACCAAGACAUCACUUUGGGAGCUAAUCAAAGGAGGAUUCUUCCGACAGUCAUACUCAAAUUCUCACCAGCCAUCGAGCAAUGUGCUAAUUAAUCCUGGGGGAGCUCAACCAAAGCCGCUUCCGCUGCGCGCCUUGCUGACUCCAAAAGUCCUGACUAUAACAGUAAAUUUUGCCACUAUGGCUUUGUUUCACAUGGCGUUUACUUCGGUCCUACCUGUUUUCUAUGCGACAUCGAUUGAACUCGGUGGUCUUUCCCUCGACCCUCCUCGCAUUGGCGUUAUACUAGCAGCACAAGGUGCCGCACAUGGCAUAUUUCAGCUACUUUUCUACGCUCGUUUACAUGAUCACUUCGGUGCAAAAGCCAUCCAUUUCACUGGCGUUAGCUCCGGCAUACCCAUCGUCAUUUUAUUUCCAGUGAUCAAUGCUCUGGCUCGAUCCCAUGGGAUAGGAUUGGCUGUGUGCUGUGUGUUGCCAUCCAGCUUGCGCUGACGAUCAGCCUGGUCAUGUGCUACCGUAUGACAAUCCAGCACUUCAUGCGUUCUACUGAACUGAGAAGAGCCUACAGCCUGCUUGGCAUUAUUCAUCAAAGCAGCUGCUCCCAAUCGCGCCUCGCUUGGAGCAACCAAUGGAAUUACCCAGAUGGUUGCCGCAAUUGCAAGGAUCAUUGCCCAGCGUCUGCAGCUUCGGUUUUCUCUUAUUCAAUGCAGGAAGGGCAUGAUGCGUGGUUGGUAUACUAUUUCUUGAUGGCAAUUACAUUUCUUGCAGUAGGUGUUUCUCUAUUACUUCCCCGAGAUCCUAGUUGUAUGGGAAGAUCACCAAUAGCGAACGGCCGCGUGUUAUCUGUUUACAGUCAUGUCAGUGCAUCUUCCGGGUAUAUAGAAUGCGGUAGUCAAGCCUGAGUCUAUGUAGGCGACAGUGCGGUGUACAUACCUAUCCCUG